AUGGAGGCAGAGAAUAGUAUGCUGGCACCACCCGUGGUCGUCCAACUACGGGCACAUGCCAGCAAGAUGGAACGGUCUUUGAGCGCGGACAUUCGAGAAGAGAGGGAGGACCUGCGAGAGGCUGCAGAACAGACCCUCAAUGUCAUUAUGGACCUCGACUUGCAGGGCAAUAUUAGAUGGGUCAGCCCGUCAUGGACGGAUGUCAUCGGCACCGGUUUUGAAUCGGUGCGAGGAAAACCAAUCAAGGACCUUCUGAUUGGCGAAUACAAGGAGGUCUUCUCGGAGGUUGUGGAGUCGAUGAAGAAAGAUGAUUCCCGAAGCCAGAUCGUCCGUUUCACAGUAGAGCUGGGCCCAGCGUCGAAGCUGGCACCGAUUGAUGUUCUCAUGGGCGAGGUUGACGAGGAAUUGAUGUCAUCCCGCGAGCCUGCAACAAUCGAGCUGGAGGGACAGGGAAUCAUGGUAUACGACCGAUCAUCUGGAGGAGAAAGCCACACGAUGUGGAUGAUCAGACCGUGGAUCGCCCCAAGAGAAAUUCAAAUCGACCUCCCCGCCAUCAUUGUCGACUCUCUGGGCUCUGGGGCAGAGAUUCUUGCAAGCUAUCUUACUACCUUGGCUGAGACUGGUUUGGAUGACCCCGGAAACCAUGCUCCUCCCCUCCCAGUUCUUUGCCGAAUCUGCGAACGUCAAAUUCCUCCUUGGUGGUUUGAGAAGCACACGGAGUUAUGUCUACAAGAGCACAAGGCUGAGAUGGAGGUUCAGAUUUGUCAAGAAAAUCUGACUGAGCUUCGCCAUGCCAUCGUCAAAGUCCUCGAUGCGCUCGAGGCUCGGAAGUCUCGACCGACGUCUGGUGAUCAGCCUACUCUCGCCCCGCCGCAAGCUGAGUAUAAAGGAAUGCCAAUUGGCCCAAGCCCGUCAUCUUCGUCGUCUUCGGGGACGGCCUCACCAGGUGUAUCGGCAGACAGGUCAAGAGAUCAGGCCAAAUCUGGCUUUGGCCACUCGCGAAGUCGGUCAUUUGCUGUUCGGAGACCUCAAGCCAGGAUCGUGGAAUUGCUCCUCGACCUCUGCGACACGGCUAUGGAGAUCAGCACACCAGCCAUCAAGGACGCUCCAACUCAACCAAUUGGCGAAUUCCGCACGCAGUCCCCCCAAUCGGAAUCGCGGAUUUCGCAAGUAAUGCAAUGGCAGUCGCCUACAAACAACGCCGUAGAGCAGGAGCAGGGCAUGUCUGUGCUAUGUCAAGACAGUGAGCAAGCAGCCAAGGCAAAGGUCGAGGCUGUUCUACGCCACCGUAGAAUCAUCGAGUACUCCGAGCGUAUUCGGGUUGAAUUCUCGGUGAUUGUACAAAAUUGUAUCGACGAGGCUAUGCGGAAAGCAGCGAAAAUUGCCGCCGGCCAUCUCACUGAUUCCGACGAAGAGGAAGAGGUUACACCUGCUCAAGAUGAGGGAUUCUUCACAGGCUCAUUCGAUGGUCCAUCCUCGUUAGCAGCUGCACUACGAGAGGCUGAGUUGGGUCGAAAUGGAGGCCGGCGAGAUUCCGUAACGGCGGUGUCGACCAGAUCAAACAGUCCCAAGGAGUCCGCAACACCAAGAUCGCACAUGGGCCAGCAGAGCAUUCUUUCCCAGUCUCAAGAUUCUCGUCGCCAGUCGCUCUUCUUUGAGAGCGACGCUGGCGCGGAUAGCGAUGGCAGCCAUAGGUCCUCAUUGAUGUCUCGUCCUGCGCGAACCGAAUCGCCCAUUUCUGAGUUCGGCGAUCUUCGACGUGCUGCUAGUUCUCGACAGCGCCAUCGACGGAGCAUCGUCUUACCUGGAACAUCCUCGCCACGGAGGCAAGAAUCUCCUGUCCGAGUUCCACAACCCGCAUCCCCACUGCGAAUAUCGAAGCCCCGUGCUUUAACAAUCGCCCACGAAGGAAUCGUCUCUCCUACAGCUUCUCCUAUGCUCCCUGCAAGCGAAUUCACGUCUCCUUCCCUGGCUCCCCACCAACCCCAUCACAGACGCCAAUCUUCAGCUGCUGGUUCGGAUCCAUCGCGAGCACCGCCGUCCCCUCGACUGAACACAGCCAGUGCACCACAAGCUCGAGCCGUGCCACCCUCAAUCAAGGACUUCGAAAUUAUCAAGCCGAUUAGUAAGGGUGCAUUUGGAAGCGUCUACCUCGCGAAGAAGAGAUCCACUGGCGACUACUACGCCAUCAAAGUCUUGAAGAAGGCAGACAUGGUUGCCAAGAACCAGGUCACUAACGUGAAGGCAGAACGAGCUAUCAUGAUGUGGCAGGGCGAAAGUGAUUUCGUCGCCAAGCUUUACUGGACCUUUUCUAGCAAAGAUUAUCUCUAUCUGGUCAUGGAGUAUCUCAACGGAGGAGAUUGUGCCUCUCUCAUCAAAGUUCUCGGCGGUCUCCCUGAGGACUGGGCGAAGAAAUACCUUGGCGAAGUCAUCUUGGGCGUGGAGCAUCUGCACAACCGUGGCAUCGUCCACAGAGACCUCAAACCCGAUAACCUUCUCAUCGACCAGAAAGGUCACUUGAAAUUGACCGAUUUUGGUCUGUCGAGAAUGGGGUUGAUUGGUCGUCAGAAGCGCGUUCUCAACAGCUCGGCAAACGAAUCAGCUCCAGAUCUCUUGAAGCAAGGCCCGUUUGCACGCACGAUGUCUAUUAGCUCAUCUCGGUCGACAUCCUUCGAUUUUCAAGGUCACCACUCACCUGGAUCCACGCCUCAGAUGACUCCGGAUUUUGCCGGUAGCUUGUCAACACCAUCCUACUUUAACCUGAGCCGCGAGAAUACCCUCAACAAGGAAUCUCGACGGAUCUCCGGCCGGAGUGAUAGUGGUGGGAGUGACGCCCUGAAUCAAAUGUUCAGCAGCUUCUCGCUCAAUGACAGUCAAUCUCAACAUUUGAUGAACCAGAGAAGAGCCCCGAUCGAAGAACUAAGCGAGAACGAAGCCCAGGUUUCACCUGACUUGCCCGCGUUGUAUUCCACGAACGGCCAUACCAACUCGGAUAUGCGCAACACGCCGCCACAGACGACCAUGAUGCCGCCUCCUAUGGCACUGUUCGACCCUGAUGACAGUAACCGACGAUUUGUUGGGACCCCGGAUUAUCUGGCGCCCGAAACAGUUAACGGUGUUGGCCAGGAUGAGAUGAGUGAUUGGUGGUCGGUGGGGUGCAUUCUGUUUGAGUUUCUGUACGGAUACCCCCCAUUCCAUGCAUCUACACCAGACGAAGUGUUUGAGAACAUUCUUGCUCGGAGGAUAUCCUGGCCCGACGAAGAAGAUUUCGAUAUCUCUCCCGAGGCUAAGGACUUGAUGAACAAACUCCUCUGUCUCGAUCCCCGCGACCGCCUUGGUGCAAAUAACGACGACAAGUUUGCCUGUGGGGGCGAUGAGAUCCGGAACCACGAAUGGUUUGAAGGCACACAAUGGGAUAAGCUCCUCGAGGACGAUGCGCAAUUUGUUCCGGCGCCCGAAAAUCUAGAGGAUACUGAAUAUUUCGAUGCCCGUGGUGCUACCCUCCAAUCUUUUGCAGAAGAGAUGGAAGACCAGUCCUCACCACCAGCUACGACCGCGAGUGCCGAAUACCACGAGCGACCUCACGAUGCAUUGUCUCGUGUCAGAUCCCAGGUCAAUUCCAUCAAGCGUGGCUUAAUGCCUUUGCACAUUCCACCCCAUGUACGAGACAUGAAGAGUCGUAGACUCAGUGAACCUGUCGCUGCUGACGACUUUGGUAAUUUUGCUUUUAAGAACUUGCCAGUACUGGAGAAGGCAAACAAAGACGUCAUACAGAAACUCCGAGCUGAGGCAAUGGCUGCUCAGAGUAAGCAGAAUGCGAUCAGCCCUGGUGGCACAAGUCCAAGCACGGCUACUGCACCGGGACCUGCUUUGGAAGGUAGCCCGAUAUUGCCAAUGCCUGUUCAGAGAACACUUUCCAACGCAAAAGCAUCCGUCAGACCUGCGUCGCCUUCCAGUUUCAGCCAGGCAAACUCUUCUCCUAGCAGAACCUCGCAACCAUCUUCACCACUACUGGUCUCCUUUGUUGCCGGCCAGACCGGAGAGGGGCGCCGCAAGACUUCGAGCACCUCCUCGAGCUUGUCGCAUCCUUCGAGCAACUCGUUGACACCUGGUAACUUCCUCGAGGCUCCCCGGAUGGGUUCAAAUCUCCAAAAGGCUUCUUCUGCAGCAUCGUCCCCCAUCAAGAGUCGAGGUGGAGCACCACCCCCUCCAGCUUUAUCGCCGCAGAAGAUGCAAACGCCAAGACAAUCUAGCGACUCGUCAACCCGCGCUCGGUCCCAAACAGUUGGCUCGCAAGAAGGAAGUCCUACCCCACAAGACCUUUUAUCUCAUCGGAAGCGACGAAGCCAGGUCUUCGACAUGUCACCCUCAUCAUCGGACAACGAAGGCGACAAGGCCAAUGCUCUUCUUCGUGUCCAACGUCGCCGCCAAAGCUCCCGGCGCCUGUCCCAUAUUACCUUGGCCGACGGACCUGCUUUCCGUCCUCUCGAUGUCCUCAUUUGUGAAGACCAUCCAGUCUCACGAAUGGUCAUGGAGAAGCUGCUAGAGAAAUUGCGAUGCAGAACUAUCACCGUAUCCAACGGGGCUGAAGCUAUGCGUUACGCAAUGAGCGAGAUCAAGUUUGACAUUAUCAUGAUGGAGUUUAAAUUGCCUCAGAUUAAUGGUGCUGACGUUUCCCGCAUGAUUCGAGACACCAAGAAUGCGAACUCGGGAACUCCCAUUGUUGCAGUCACAGGCUAUCUGAAGGAGCUUCAGGCACCUCAUCAUUUCGAUGCAUUGAUCGAGAAGCCUCCAACGACAUCCAAAUUGACUGAAGCCAUGUGUCGUCUGUGUCAGUGGAAGGCUCCAUCGCCGGGGCAAAUCACAUCUAAUCCACUUGGGUUUCCUCAGCCAUCUGGCCUCCGACAAGAGAGCCACAGACUCGAGGGUAGCCCGACUUCUAAUGCUGGCUCUUACGGUCAAGUGCCUGGUAGCUACCGGGGUUCAAGUCGAGCCGACUCACUGAACUCCAGUGCUUUUGGUGACUCGGAAUCGCAGACUAAUGAAGAAAUCCAAGUGAGUAUCAGGAGAGCUACGGAGGACUGGAGUGAUGCCCGUGAUAGUCUGGGCAUAGGCGAAGAUGCCAUCCUAGACCCGCGCGACCUUCCCAAAGUCCUACCUUCGCACCUUCUUCACGAGGAAUCUGCCCCGGGACGCAUGCAAGUCACUCCCAGAACCCCCGUGCGGCAGAGAUCCAUGGAAAAGAUGAAGGCAAAGCGGGAGUCUUUACAGAAGCACCGACAUGAGUGUGCCGAGUCUGGCGAUGACGAGGACGAGAUGAUGGGAGAUGUGUCAGUCCGCGAGAAGACGAGCCCCCGAAGCGUCUCAAAAACACAUCGCGGGUCGAAGCUUGGCACAGAAAUGAUGCGGACAAACAGCCGGGGGAGUAUUGUUUCAAGUUCGGAUGUGACGACAGCCUCUGCAGAUACUAUUGAGCCGCCACCGACGGUCGCAGAAGAACAGCCGCCAGCGUCCGAAAUUGGCGGUGCGAGCCUGACACCUCCGGAAGUAUUCACAUCCCCAGGUGAGAACGUCUUUGAAUUCGACAUGAACGAAACUCCUCGACCAGCUUCUACGCAGUGCGAUCCAGUGGACGCAGAUCAAACACCUCGAGCGUCCUCGGCAGCAUCGAGUCGAAUGGACUACAUGUUGGCCCCGGUCGCCAGCAAAGACGGUCGCUGA